UUCUUCCUUUAUUUUGCUGCACAAGUUACCAAGAGAAGCAGCUUAAAACUAAAUAUCACGUGGAGAACCCCACCAGAAUGACCAGCAAUCACACAGACUGUCAUUACUGCCUGCAGUCUCUUCGUGGAAGGAAGUAUGCAUUAAGAGAAGAAAACGCUUAUUGUGUUACAUGUUAUGACAGCCUGUUUGCCAACCCCUGUGAAGAGUGCAAGCAACCUAUUGAGUGCGAUUCCAAGGAUCUGGCCUACAAAGGCCGCCACUGGCAUGAGGGGUGCUUCAAGUGUGCCAAAUGCAGUCGCUCACUGGUGGAGAAACCAUUUGCUGCCAAGGAUGAGGUCUUGCUGUGUACUGAAUGCUACUCUGAUGAGUAUUCAUCUAAGUGUUUCCACUGCCAGAAGACCAUUAUGCCUGGUUCCCGUAAAAUGGAAUUUAAGGGAAGUUCCUGGCAUGAAUCCUGUUUCGUUUGCCAGUAUUGCCGGCAACCAUUGGGAACAAAACCAUUGAUCACCAAAGAUAAUGAGAAUUACUGCGUGCCCUGUUUUGAGAAGCAAUUUGCCCACCAUUGCUACUCUUGCAAAAAGGUAAUAACUUCUGGGGGAGUGACCUACCAUGACCAGCCUUGGCAUAAAGAAUGCUUUGUGUGUGCUGGGUGCAAAACCCAGCUGUCUGGACAAAGGUUUAUUUCCAAAGACGAGUAUCCAUACUGUGUAGACUGUUUCAGCAAAUUGUAUGCUAAGAAGUGUGCUGCUUGCAAGAAACCAAUUACAGCUCUCGGAGGUGCCAAGUUUAUCUCAUUUGAAGAGCGGCAGUGGCAUGGGGAAUGCUUUAACUGCGCGAAAUGCUCUGUCUCGCUGGUGGGCCAAGGAUUCCUCACUCGGCAGGAUGAUGUCCUUUGUCAUGAAUGUGGCUCUGCUUCAUAGUUCUGUGGAGAGCUGUACAGCUGCAUUAUUCUCACUCUGUAACGAUGUACUUCAUUACUCUGCAGUAAGAAAACCAUAUAAAAGGUAUAACAGUUAUUUAGUCAUUCAAGUAACUGUCCAACAACAGUUUAAUUCUAUCAUAGUUCUCAACUGCUUAUAAAAAAAAUUUAAACAGCCCCAUGCUGGUUAAGAAAAUAAUGCAGAAAAGAUUUGUAUAUAUUUUAAAUCUAACUACAGUAUGUUUCUCCUUGUAACACACUGCACUCUGCUGUUAGAAGCUUAAAAAUUUACACUUCAUCUCCCAUGAACUAACGAGGAUUGUGAAAAGUCUAUAUGGCAUAUGACUGCUUCACAGAUGCAGACCUUGAUGUGGAAAGCUGGGCACAUGCAUUUUCUAUUGGAUCAUAACAUUGAUGAGAACAACUUGUAAAUAUCAACUUCCUCCAUACUUCGGGCAAAAAAGCUGCUGACAAAGCAGGCAGAAAGUGGGAGGAGGAGGAACUUUUACACAGAGGGCCACCGAGUCAGAGAGGCCUAUUCCAGGGCCAGAUAAAGGGAAAAAGGUCAUUUUCCUCUCCUUACUGAGAUUGCUCCUCAGAAACAUAGUCUUUAGUCAUCCAAAAAACUGAGUGACAGGUCCUUUCCCAAAAUUGGUUAACUGUACUUAAUUUUUCAGGCAUAACUGCUUUAGAACAUAAAUAAACCCUUAUUUUAAACUACUGUAAGAGGUGAGGAUUACCCAACAUUGGAUGUUGCUGAUGUACACUUUCCCAUAGCUAAUAUGCCUUAAGACUCUGUCUUCACUAGACCUUCAAAUAUACGCAUAAAAUAUAUAUUUUUAUUAGUAGACACAAGAGCCAACUCAUACUUGUCCCUUUAACCUUGCACUUUUCCUCCCCUCAAAACCCAUUUGCCAGCAAUCAAAGCACUGCUAAUGGCCUUACCGUUUCCACCCUGCUAGGUCUUUGAUUCACAGUCUGCUCCUUUUCUUGUACAUGCCUACUUGUCUAUAGCAGGCUAUAAGCUCUUCAGAACCAAUACCUGAUUCAUUUUGCCAUGCGCCACAUGCAUUUGCCAAUAUUAUGUCAAGAAUUGGUAAUGUUGUCUUUGCAAGCAAAGUCCUCGCUUGUAGUACAACAUAUUAGUUUCUAGGUAGCUGGCUUUGAGAAGGUUAUAUCUGCUUGCUGAGCUUCAGCACUCAAGUGUCUAUUAUUAAAGGUCGUCUAGAGCUGAGUUACAAGCAUUUCUCUUCUUCCUUCUUCCAUACUGUAUGUUACGGUGGCCUGAUUCAUGUUACAGUGUCUGUACCAGGCCGCUGUGAACGGUGCAGUGAUAUUAAGAAUGGUAGAUUCUGCACCAUUCAGCACUGUUUUAGUUCUCAUCUCGCACGUCUUUAGGUCAUACAUUCUCCUUUAGACUGUUACCUUAAGUGCAUAGAGUUAUUUGGCUGACUUGAGUGGGCUUUAUUCAUACUGAAGACAGCCAUUACUUUAGGUAGAAAAGUGAAAAAAAGAAAAAGAGAAAAAAAGAAUAUGUGUGCAUAGCUAAGCCAGAGCUGAACUGCAGUGGCAUAAAAUCAAUAUGGAUAAUGACUGACCAACAAGUACAUAGCGGUCUGUUUUCCAGUCAAUAAAAAAUUGAUCUUUUGCUCUC